CCCGCGGCCGCCUGUCCUACCCGCGGCCCUGCGUGACCCGGCAGUGGUCCCGCGGCGCUUCCGGGCUGCGGGGUUCCGACCGUGCAGCCCGCUUCUCCGGCCCGGCCCGGGUAUGUGAACGCCGGCGCCUUCUCCCGCGGAGUGAAUUCCCAAUGUCCUGCCAUGGAUGAUGACAGCCAGGAUGAGCUCAUAAACAAGAAUGCUGCGCUAAGCAAGAGCAAAAAGCAAUGUCUUGUCCUCCUCAGUGAGACAGAAAGCAAUGGUGGAAAUAGCUGUGAUUCAGAAGAUGAUACCGGAAGCGAGAGUGACACUGAGGAUGAAGGAGGUGAGGAGGACAAAGAAGAAAGUGAAGAUGAAGAGUUAGAGGAUUGUGAAGAUGAUGAUGAAGAAGCGGAAGAGGAGGAAGAAACUGAAGCUACUGGGGGAGGAAUGACAGAUUCUCUGAAAUUAGAUCCAGACAUCAACAGAGUGAAUGUUUCCUCUGAUGAGGAUGGAGAAAACUGCCCCAUUUGCCUCAACACGUUUAGGGGUCAGGUUGUUGGGACUCCAGAGAGCUGUUCCCAUUACUUCUGCUUGGACUGCAUUGUGGAGUGGUCUAAGAAUGCAAACUCCUGUCCGGUAGAUCGAAUCCUCUUCAAGUACAUCAGCAUUCGGGCACAUUAUGGUGGUAAAAUCUUAAAAAAGAUUCCUGUUGAGAACACAAAAACUCAGGAUAGCAAUGGAGAGGAUGACCCAACAUUCUGUGAGGUGUGUGGCAGAAGUGACCGCGAGGACCGCCUGCUGCUGUGUGAUGGCUGUGAUGCAGGUUACCACAUGGAAUGCCUUAAUCCACCUCUGAGUGAAGUCCCUGUGGAUGAAUGGUUCUGUCCUGCCUGUGCCCCCAUGGGUGUCAGUGCUACUGCAGAUACAGAUCAUGUCAGUGAAGAGGAGGUCACUGCCCUCAUGGCUGAUGCUGCUCCCACCACCAGCAGGCUGCGGCCCCACGUCCGCACGCGGGCGAUCGCCAGGACUCGGCAGAGUGAGCGGGUCAGGGCAACGGUGAACAGGAACCGGAUAACAACGGCGCAGCAGAUCCAGCAUGUGCCACGGUACCUCAUGUCCUCUCUUCUGGAUGAAACAAUUGAGGCAGUUGUAGCAGGUCUCAACACAGCCAUCUACCAGCGUCCUCUUACACCGCGGACUUCAGUGAGGCAGAAGAGGAAAACAGGUAGGAGGAAGAAAGGAAGCAAAAGAAGAACUCAGUCAAAAUCUUCUGCUGGCAAGAAGAGUUCAGGGAUGCAGCUGAAGAGACGCAAGCGUCUGACAAAAAAGAGAAGGGGGAAAAAGAUGAGAGUAAGAUCACAUGUGAAAAAUGAGGCUACUGCUCGGUCCCGCAUUGCAAGAGCCCUGGGCCUGAGCAAGCCUGUGCGUGGGGCCUCCCUCCCCUCCAUCUACAAGCCAACAGAGCCCUCGCUGGGCCUGAUGAGGGCAGACAUUGGUGCAGCCUCUCUCUCUGUGUUUGGAGACCCUUAUGAGUUGGACCCUUAUGAAAGCAACGAAGAGGUCCCUGUGAGCCCAGACUCACCAGUGAGUGCCAAAAGGAGGGUCCUGUCCCAGUCAGCGCUGAGGUCUCACCGUCCCGUAGCCAGACCUAUUUCUGUGGGACUUCCCAGAAGCAGUGUGCCUGCCUUGAGUCCUGAUCAAGAAGCAGAAGCUGCCCCUGUGCCUGAUCUGUUGGGAAGCAUCCUGUCUGGACAGAGUUUCCUCAUGAUGAGUAGUUCAGAUGUGGUCAUCAACAGAGAUGGUUCGCUGACAGCGAAGAAGGCAGCUCCACUUCACAGAAAAUCAGCAAAUGGCUCAAGAGUGGAUGAUGGUUCAGUUCAGGACACCCAAGCGAGUACAGUGCACUCAGGCACCACAGCAAGCAGCUCCAUUCCUGGACCUUCAGUUUCCUCAGGGCCAACUACUCGCACCAGACCCUCCUCCUCAAGCUUGUUUUCGUCGCCUUCGCCCUCGCUCGGCAGGAUGGAGCCUGCAGCAAACCUUGCACAGACUACAUCGCAAAAACCAACUGCAAAAUCAGAAUAUUCAAUGACACCCAGGUCUGUUCAGGCUCAGGAUAUAGCUGCUCUGAGCAGGCAUGCUUCCAAGUUAGAUGACAUGCCCAGAUUUAAUGGAAACUCUAAAAACUUUGCACCCACUGACUCAUCUUCAAAGUCUCCGAGCUGUAACUUGAGUUCUGGCUCAAAAGCUGUUUCUGUGAGGCAGCCAUUAAAGCCUCCUCCCAAGAGAAUUGACAUCUUUGAGCUUCCCCGGAUACCAAAGAUCAAAAAGGAAACCAGCAGCAAGCAGGUAGAGCCAGAACCUGCAGGAAGCCAAAGCUGUGACAUCCCCAGCUCCUGUAUAACCCAGCUGACGGGCAAAGAGGGCACGAGUCAGCCAGGGAAGGGUAGCAAGGUGGAGAGUCAGAAGUCCAGUGCCAGGGAGUCUCAGCAGCAGGCCCGUACGAGCGGAGUGGUGUUUUCUGCUACCCCAGGCACAUACACCAGCUCGUCGCUCCUAGAUACUUCCAGGGGCAAAGGCCCAAGCUCUUUUGAGAGCUUUAAAAUCAACAUUCCUGGAAAUGCAGGGCAUCCCAGCAGACUGUCCAACCCAGGGUUUUGUAACACCUUCCGCCCUGUGGAUGACAAAGUGCAGCAGAAAGAGACUCCUUCACCUCUUUUCUUGGUUAAGAAAAAGCAGGUGAAAAGUGAAAUCUAUGAUCCCUUUGAGCCUACGGGGUCGGACUCGAGUUCAGCCAGCAGCAGUCCUGAAAGGCUUGGCUCAGGGAUCCCACUGACUAACAUCACCAGGACUAUUUCCAUUGAAAAUCCAAAAGUUCAAACGUUCCAAACUGUCCGUCGCUUCACCCCUUACGUGAUGGAAAAUGUAUUUGGUUCUGGGACUGACUCGGACGUACCAUCUGGUAACGGUGAGUCCCGUGGGGACGUGACAGUAGGAAGCAGGAUUGUGGAGCAGAUCUCUGAUACAGAGGAACGAGACCACAUGGAUGAAGAGCACUUGCUAAGCAGUCCUUGCACUUCCUCUGCUGUUAAGCAGAUUUCUAGUGCAGAGUGUUUAAAGGAGGAAAGCAGAGAGGGCCCUAAUGUAUUCUUUAAUGCCGAAGAAUUGAUUAGACCUAACAUUAAUGUGAAACUAGAACCAGGGAGUCCCUCGAGGAACGAUGGGCAGCAGAAAGUCCAAAAGGGAGAACAAAUAGAGAGGCGAUCGCGUUCCAGGUCCUGCUCCAACUCCAGCUCCAGAAGCAAGAAGAAGAUGAAGAGGAAAAAGGCAGCUGUCAAAGAACGUAAGAGAUCCCGGUCGGGGUCUAGGGAUAGAGCACACUCGAGGGACCGAAGCUCAAGAUCUACCUCUUGGUCAGGGGGAGAAGAGCACAGGAAAACACAGACAUUGAAAUCCAAAAGCAGGAGGUCGUCUACUGACCGUUCCAGCAGUCAUGAACGAUCCAAAAAGAGGAAAGCGAAGGAUAAAACCAAGGAUAAAAAGGCAAAAACUUCUUGGUCUAGAGAUAAAAGGAAAUCUAGGUCAUGUUCAGGGAGUCCUGGAAGUGCUUCUGAGUUUCAUGAAAACAGGAAAAAGAAAAGACAGUCUCGGUCAAGAUCAAGACGGAGGGAACGUUGCCGAUCGAACAGCGUCGAGAGGACCAAGAGGCGGAAACACAGGAGAGACAAAAGCUAUGAGAGGUACGAGAAAGAGAGCAGCAUGAGGUCGAGGGACAGAAAGAAAUCGAGAUCCAGGUCUCGGGAGAGGAGAAAGUGGAGGUCUCGGUCUCGGUCUGCAUCUCGAUCUCGGGAGCACAAAAGCAGCAAAUCCAAGGAAAAAAGACCACGAUCGAGGUCACGUUCCAAAGAAAGAAAACGCAGAUCAAAAGAGAUCUCACUUCCUCCAGCAGAAAAGGAUCAAAAGUCUCCAGAUGAGAACAUGCUCAGGUGUCUGGAGCAACCCUGUUCCUUCAAAGAAGAGCCAAAGGAGGAGCUGGUACUAGAAGAGCUUUCCAUAACCAUCCAACCAAAUGUCAAACUUGAGGAAAUACAGGCUGAGACCCUAGUUCAAGGGAGAGAGGUCCCAGAAACUCCAAAGGUCUGUCAAGAGGUGACCAGUGAAACUGUGUUCCCUGUGCCAGAGAUCACAAACAUUUGCGUUCCUGUUGGCAGUGUGGAUUCUGUUGCAGAAACAGACUUAAUGAGCAGUAGUGAUCCAGCAGUGCUUGGCAGCUGUAGCAAUACAAACCUUGAGAUUACAGUCAAAAUAGAAAAUACUGCAUUCUGUCCAUCCCUGGUGGAAACACCCCCAAAGAAGGAGGUUCUCCUGCACACCCCCACUGAGGCUGCACCGAUUCAAAGCUCGUCCAAAAGCAAAAUGACAGACGGUGUGAAGGAGGUUAAAGAUGAGUGCCUUGUGCCAGACGAGACAAGUGGUGAUUUCAGCAAGCCUGAACUGGAGGUGGUACCUCAAAGUCCUGCACUGAAAUCAAAAGCACCAGUGAAAAGAGUUACCUGGAAUCUUCAAGAGGAAGAAAGCGGCACGUUGUCUGCCGGAAAAGCUCCAAGGAUGCCGUUUUACAAACUUCAGCGAGCAAAGGAAGGAGCCUGGAAAGCAGAGGACUUGAACCAGACGUUAAAUCAGGUGUACUGCCAAGCCGUGCCGGUGCUGCCCGCCGGCCUGCCGCCCUACGCGCCCGUCAGCCAGCCCACCGUGCAGUUCAUCAUGCAGGGCAGCCUCCCGGCGCUGGGCUGUGCCGGCACACACAGCCUCAGCCGGGCCGCCGAGCCGCCCAGCCUCGCCCCUGCCUGUGAGCCCGGAGCGCAGGCGGCUGCCGUGGGCAGUGCGGAGGAGAAGAUCAAAGCGCCCAGACCUCCCGUGGACAGAACUAAAAACGAGGAAUACAUGAAGAAGCUUCACAUGCAGGAAAGAGCUGUGGAAGAAGUAAAACUUGCUAUUAAACCUUUUUACCAGAAGAGGGAGAUUACAAAGGAGGAGUACAAGAGCAUUCUUCGAAAAGCAGUGCAAAAGAUCUGCCACAGCAAGAGUGGAGAGAUCAACCCGAUGAAGGUAGCUAAUCUGGUGAAGGCCUAUGUGGAAAAGUACAAACACAUGAGGAAACAUAAGAAAUCUGAUGGCGAAGAUACCCGUGAAGUGGAAAACUGAGCGGCCGGCGUGAGCGGGACUGGCCGUGCACCGGCAGCCGACACCACGCCGGAGGGUAACAGCUCUGCGCUGGCAUCUCACUGAAGACAGUGCGGAGGAGAGACAAUAACAUGACUUACCUGCACAACCUUCUUGGGAGCUGUUUCCCUAUGGGAAUGAACUUGGGUUUGGGUUGGUUUGGGUUGUUUUUUUUUUUCUUUUGGAUUACCUACAAAUGUAGAAUUAAAUAACAAUCAAACACCUCAGACCAGCAGAGUAAUUCGUGGGGAAAGGCAGAAGAGGUUGACGUUGGGGCCUCCCAGAUUGCUACAGUUUUCAGGGUUACUUUGAUCACAGUUUUGGGCUGUGCACCUGUCUUGCUAAGAGUUUGGAACUGGACGCCACUUUUCAUACGCAGUAUAUUGAGAGCUGUAUACUGUCUCCCUUGUGUUUAUUUAUCGAGAUGCGGAUUGUCUUUAGAAAAUUCUGCUUUAAUACUUGAAAUGUUGUCUUUUUAGCCCGUUGGAUGGUGAGCAAAGCAUCCCUGGCUCUGUCACUUGGGCAUUGCAGACAUGAGCUAAUCUUUAUAAACCGACUUCAGAAACACUGCUCAAGCUGUGGUGUUUAUUUACAUUUUGUUGGAAGUAUCUUGUUAGCAAAAAGUUGGAUUUUGGGGUGGGAGACUGUUGCACUUCUGUAAAUAAUGCACUGAUGGCUGGUUUUGUGUCUGCCUUUCAGGAAAAAAAUGAAACAAAAACAAGCAUUGUGAAUUUUCAGUGACCAGCUGGAGGGAUAAGGCUGAAUUGAUGUACAGAGCAGAAAUGUGACAGAAUUUAUAAAGUUAUUUUGACUGGUUUUAGUCGGA